CUGUGUACGUCUUAAGGACAGUUACUCACCAAUUAUGUCGGAGGAACCAUUACAGUACCUGUCCAUAGAGAGAUGGGGGGAGCUUCAGAGAGUCUUCAGGGAAGACUGGACAAGAGGAGUGUCUGGUUAUGCCGUCUUGGACACCCAAAGACGAUGGCUGGCCAAGGGGAUGGAGACCAAUUUAAAAAUCUAUUGCCCCUAUGGUGAUAUGCAGAAUGGAAUGGUUGCGUUCAAUGAGAAGGAUUCAUAUUAUGAGAUAAUAAUUCAAUGUCCGAGUGAUGACACGAGUAAACUAGCAACUGCAUUGAGAACAACAAAACUAAUUGAUUGGAAGAAAUCUGUGAAAGUGCCGUUCGCACCGCGCAACGUGGUGAACCUCCUUUAUGAAAUCAUGCAUGAUGUUAACAUAGAGGUGGAAGAGGUAUUUCCCUACGACACUCAUAUCUUGGACACAACUGAACUGUAUAAGGAUAUCCGUCUACCAGACGGCGUGACCUUCAAGCACCUGACAACUGAACACCUCAACCUCAUUGACUCCACAUGGCCCUACAACUACCCAUCAUCAGACACGUACUUCGAGUUCCUCAUCAACCUGAACUACGGCUAUGGCCUAUAUCUGAACAACGAUUUAAUAUCCUGGGUCCUUAUUAGUGAGGCAGGGACUCUGUUACAUCUCUAUACUGUUGAAGAACAUAGGAGGAAAGGGUAUGCUGAGGUUCUUCUGAAGAUGGUCAGUAAUGAUCUGCUGAAAGAUGGAAGAGUCGUCAUUGCUUACUGUGUACCUGAUAACUAUAAUGCGAGCAAGCUGUAUAUUAAGGCAGGUUUUGUACCCGCUGAGGAUGUUACAUGGAUUUAUUUUAGAAGCAAAUAAAUGUUUUUUUUUUUGUGUGGUGGA